CUGGGCGUUGUUCUUCCAUAAUGAGACACUUUAUAACAGAACGUCAGCUCUGGCAUCAAUCUAGUCUGAGCGCAACUUUUUAGGACGGAGGACUACUGCUGCUGGGACUCUUUUGGAAAAAAAAAUUGAUUUAGCUUCUUCAAAGCCCGAACUGUUAUUUUUGUGGGAAUAAAAGCUUUCCGCUCGAAAUUACCUGGAAAGAUGCUGCUCCUACUACUGGGAAUCAUCUUGCUGCACCUUGCUGCUCUGGUCCUCCUGUUUGUGUCAACGAUUGUCAGUGUAUGGACGACAGGAGAAGGUGGCACCUCAGACCUGUGGUUUAACUGCUCUGCUUACAAUGGAGGAUACAGCUGUAACCCAGCAUCAGCUGGAGAGUGGAUUCAGUCGGUCCAGGCUCUCAUGAUUCUCUCCAUCAUCUUCAGCUGCCUGUCGCUCUUCCUUUUCUUCUGCCAGCUUUUUACUUUGCAGAAAGGCGGACGUUUCUUCCUCACUGGAACCUUCCAGAUCCUUGCCAGUUUGUUUGUGAUGAGUGGAGCCAUCAUCUACACGGUGAUGAGUCCGGAGUGGGUGCCGGAGAUGAACACCUUCGGCUACUCCUACAUCCUGGCAUGGGUGGCCUUCCCUUUGGCGCUCAUCAGUGGACUCAUCUAUGUCAUCUUGAGGAAGCGGGAAUGAGACGUUGCUCCUUUCUGUUGUUCCCAGUUAACCCGUGCCCAACUGCAAGUGUUACUACCCCUCUCUGAAGUUGAAGUUGUGAAGUUCGGGUAAAAUCCAGGCAGCGUGGGGGGAGUAACACCAAAAAUCUACAUGCAACCAACACAAAAACACCAACACUGUCUCAGUUAAAUGAUGUAUAUAGUAUCUAUGGUUUAAAACCUAUUUAUAACACUUUUUACAUAUAUGUACAUAGUUUCAGUGUUGCUCUGUCAAUGGAUACUAUGAGCUUUGUUUUAGCUGAUUAAGUGCCUCAGUCUUUGUUUGUAUUGAUGAAAUAAUUAUACAGUAUUUUAGGUUUUGUUUGUUUUUUGUUUUUGCAUUUUUGUUUUCAUAAUUGCCAAAGAAUUAAUAAGAAAAAAAAGAGACAAAAAAACUUUCUUGCAGUAUAUUAACUGAAGUGCAUGUAUAGAAAUAGAUGGGUUAAGAAAACUUUUUUAAAGGGCUUGCUUUACUUUACAAAUAAGAGUGGUAACAUCCAUGGAUGUAGCACAGCCCUUAAAUAUAGAUUUGGGCCAUUUUUCUAUUUGUGAACUUGCAAGUUUGAAGAUUUUUAUUUUCUGUAUUUUUCUAUUUCUUAUUUUCAACAAGAGAUGGUGCUACGUAUUUAUCAUUCCUGUUACUGAUAGCAAUCAUUUACGAUGGACAAAGUCAAACAGCUCACCAUUAUUUAAAGUGAGAAUCAGACAGAGGAACACUUGUACAAACAGUACAUGACUGCUUCUUUAGGGAACACAGCCUAUUUCACUUUGCAGUGCCUCAUUUUCUCUUUUUCCCCCCUUUAUCAGUUACUGUACCUGGUGAAUAAUUAACAUUGAGGUGGUGCAUUGAUAAAAUCAGUCAUAUGGAAUGUCAGUAUUAAUCUACAAGCUUGUAAAGAGCUGGAUGACGGAGGACUAUGUUUAAAUAUGCUUCUUUUUUUCUUUAUUUGCCUGAGUUUUCUAUCACUCUAAUGUUUUUGUUAACCUCUUUUAAGUUGCAAGAAGCCAAAUUGCCUUUUUAAUUGAGUUUAAUGAAGAAAAUAAAACUGCAGGGCAUUAUGGCCGAAGGAAAAAAAUAUAUAUAUUCAUUUAUAAAAGGUAUAACUAAAUGCCACCAAGCUGAAGCCAUAUAAAUAUUACCGGCUGAUAAGUGAUGAAAGGACAGAGAAGUUUGCAGUGAUGAUAAAAAUGUCUGUUUUACAUACUUGAAGUUUGACAUGCUGCAGUCUCUGCCCACUGAUGUCUACAUGUUUUGUUUUAUUUCUUCUCUACUGUAUAAAACACUGUUUUUAUGUUAUUGUGUAUAACAGCUCUUUAUGACAAUCUAGCCUAAAAUACUCAUCAAAUAAAACUACUCUCACAUUAUUCAAUACUGUGUAUUCCACUGUUAGAAAGGACAGGAUUCAUGCUGACAUAUAAAGCUAAAGAUUUACUGUCUGACAGUAAAUGAAACACCUGUCUGAGAUGCAAAAUGUGGAAAACUUUGGGAAAAGACUCAAAAAUGAACCAUCUGCAUGUGCAAAUGCUUCAAGAUGGAUCAAAGACGUCAGCAGCUAAAAUGCGGCCGUAUAAAUUCUCCUGUUCAGCCAAGGCAGUUAAAUCGACCUGAAAGUAGUCCGUGGAUCCAGUGAGUGGCCUUGUGCGUGAGGUUGCAAAUGCUGUAUGUGACUUGAGUCACACAUGCUAGUGCAAAAGCACGCUGCAGGAUGCCAGUCAUUCAAAACAUGCAGCUCGUGUUUCAGCGUCAACCGUGUCUCUCAUGAUAUCAGAUAGAAGAGAACUUGUUUUAAUACCAUAAGACAGCAUAUGUCCUCUGCUUGACAUCUUCUCUGAAAGACAGCAAUGUUGUUGGAUUAAGGUGUUUCUUUCAGAGCUUCCACUAGCAGGUGUGUGGUGGUUUUCAACUCAUCAUUGGGUUCAGUUAGAAGAGAAUGCCUCUAAUGAAAACUGCCCUCUUUACUGUUCAUUGUAAAGCUACAAGCUAAAACUGUCAACAAAAUGUUUACAGCUAAACUUCCAAAUGUUCUUCAUGUUACCAAAGCUAUGUUGACUUUACUCAUUAAAGGAUGUUUCUUCCCA